AAGUCUACCAGAGGACAUCACUGGGUUUGUAGCUGGGACAGGGUAAUUCAAUAGAGCUAAAGUAGUAAAUUGCAAUUAUAUAUAACUGUUGUUGUAAAAAAAUGACUUCAUUCGACAUUAUUUGUUAAAUAUAGACGUGUGCGUAGGGUGAAGAGUAUUAUUAGUAUUUAGAUGCGUUCUUUAUAGCGAGGGAUAUGCGCGGUCGUUCGAUUACCAUGUUCUCUCUGACGCCAAAGCUCUCAGAACUCAGCAAACCAAAAUAACGGUUGAGGAUCAAAUGGCUAGAUUUGUCAUAUGGAGAGCAGAAUGGUUUUCGGUUGACAAGACACAAAGGAUGAGAGUUACUUAUUCGGGAAGCAUUACAGUUUUCGCUUUUCUACGGACAGAGGUGAUGGAAAACUCCUAAUCAAGUCAGAACGGAAUAAAACUCAAGUGCACUUCUUAUUUGGAGAUGAUUGUGUUAUUUCUCUUGUUCUCGUGGAUCGUGGAUGGGGUGGUUUCCCAGCUGCACUAUUCUGUUCCGGAGGAACAGGACCAUGGCACGUUCGUGGGGAAUAUCGCAGAGGAUUUGGGCUUGGACAUAACAAAACUUUCGUCGCGCAGAUUCCAGACUGUGCCUAGUUCGAGGAAUCCGUACUUGGAGGUGAAUUUGGAAAACGGGGGGCUUUAUGUGAACGAGAAAAUCGAUCGGGAACAGAUCUGCAAACAGAGUGAUACUUGUCUUAUGCAUAUGGAAGUGUUUUUGGAAAACCCACUCGAGCUUUUCCGUGUGGAAAUUGAAAUCAUGGAUAUCAAUGACAAUCCUCCAAGCUUUCCCGAGACUGAUAUUACCAUUGAAAUUACUGAAAGUGCCACUCCUGGAACGCGCUUUCCAGUGGAGAGCGCGUUCGACCCCGACGUUGGCACCAACGCGCUCCGCACAUACGAAAUGACCACCAACAGUUAUUUUUACCUCGAUGUCCAAACGCAGGGAGAUGGCACCAAAUUUGCGGAGCUUGUGUUGGAAAAAUCACUGGACAGAGAGCAGCAGUCGGUGCACAGGUACGUAUUGACAGCAGUAGACGGUGGAUUGCCCCAGAGGACUGGUACGGCGUUGCUUGUGGUGAAAGUUCUCGAUUCAAACGACAACGUCCCUGCCUUUGACCAGUCGGUGUACACUGUGAAUCUGCCCGAAAAUUCCCCGGUGGGAACCCUGGUCAUCCAGCUAAACGCCACCGACAUGGACGAGGGACCGAAUGGGGAAAUUGUAUAUUCGUUCAGCAGUCACAAUUCCCAGAGAGUGAGGGAACUGUUCAAUAUUGACGCGAGGACGGGUAGAGUUGAAGUGAUUGGGGAGGUCGACUAUGAGGAAAGCAACACAUAUCAACUCUACGUGCAAGGAAAGGAUCUCGGACCUAACGCUGUUCCUGCGCACUGUAAAGUUCUGGUCAAACUGAUUGACGUGAAUGAUAAUACUCCCGAGAUCAUUUUCAGCACCGUAACCGAAUCGGUGAGCGAGCAGGCGGCUCCGGGCACUGUAAUCGCGCUGCUGAGCGUUACGGACAGGGAUUCAGGAGAAAACGGACAGACUCAUUGCGAAAUUGUCGGAGACGUACCUUUCAAACUCAAAACGUCGUUCAAGAACUAUUACACCAUUGUCACAGAUGGACUGUUGGACAGAGAAAAUGCCGAUUCAUACACAAUCACAGUCGUGGCAAAAGAUAAGGGCAUCCCGUCGCUUGCCACUAGCAAGUCUAUUAAAGUGCAGUUGUCAGAUGAAAACGACAAUGCCCCGAGGUUCGUGCAGUCAAUUUACGAUGUAUAUGUGACAGAAAAUAAUGUGCCAGGCGCUUAUAUUUAUGCGGUAAGUGCUGUAGAUCCUGAUAUCGGACAAAAUGCCCAUAUCUCAUACUCCAUAUUGGAGUGCGUCAUUCAGGGCAUGCCUGUGUUUACCUACGUGUCAAUCAACUCGGAAAACGGUUACCUUUAUGCUUUGCGAUCAUUUGAUUAUGAGCAGUUGAAAGACUUCAGCUUUAUGGUUCAAGCUAAGGACUCUGGUACCCCAGAGCUAUCAUCCAACGCUACCGUCAAUGUUGUAAUAGUGGACCAGAACGACAACGCUCCCUCUGUCAUCGCCCCGCUUGGCAAAAACGGUACAGCAAAGGAACAUUUGCCCAGAUCUGCAGAACCUGGGUACCUGGUUACCCGCAUUGUGGCUAUGGAUGUGGACGAUGGUGAGAACGCUCGCCUCUCGUACAGCAUACUAAGAGGGAACGAGAUGGGCAUGUUUCGAAUGGACUGGAGGACGGGCGAAUUAAGGACUGCCCGGAGGGUCUCGAGCAAAAGAGACCCGCACCACCCGUACGACUUGUUGAUUGAAGUGAGGGACCACGGGCAGCCACCUCUCUCGUCCACUGCGAGCGUCAUCAUAGUGCUCGUUGACAGCGUCGUCGAAGGCCACAGUGGGGAUCGCGGAUCAUCCAAAGCCAAGGAGAACUCGCUGGAUUUGACUCUUAUCCUUAUAAUCGCUCUCGGCUCCGUGUCGUUCAUCUUUCUCCUGGCGAUGAUCGUACUGGCCGUCAGGUGUCAGAAGGACAAAAAGCUGAACAUAUACACCUGCCUGGCCAGCGACUGCUGCCUCUGCUGCAGCUCGUGCUGCAGCAGACAGGCGCGCGCCAGGAAGAAAAAGCUUAGCAAGUCAGAUAUAAUGCUGGUACAAAGCACUAAUGUCACGAGCACUGCCCAGGUGCCAGUUGAGGAGUCCGGGAGCUUCGGUUCCCACCAUCAAAACCAGAACUAUUGUUACCAGGUAUGUCUCACUCCGGAAUCUGCCAAAACUGACCUCAUGUUCCUAAAGCCCUGUAGUCCGACUAGGAGCGCAGACACUGACCACAAUCCCUGUGGCGCCAUAGUGACAGGUUAUACAGACCAGCAGCCUGACAUCAUAUCUAACGGCAGCAUUUUAUCCAACGAGACAAAACACCAGCGAGCAGAACUCAGUUACCUGGUUGAUAGACCGAGACGCGUUAACAGCUCUGCUUUCCAGGAAGCGGAUAUUGUGAGUUCUAAAGACAGCGGGCAUGGCGACAGUGAACAGGGAGACAGUGACCACGACGCCACCAAUCGAGGGCAUUCGACGGGUGCAGACCUUUUCUCAAACUGCACGGAGGAGUGCAAAGCUCUGGGGCACUCCGAUCGGUGUUGGAUGCCCACCUUCGUGCCCUCGGACGCCCGGCAAGCUGCAGAUUACCGUAGCAACCUGCACGUGCCCGGGAUGGACUCGGUGCCCGACACUGAGGUAUUUGAGAGCGAGGAGCAAACGGGCGAUAGAUCAUUCUCCACCUUUGGCAAAGAGAAGUCACAUCACGGCACCCUAGAGAGGAAAGAGUUUGAUGCGCUUCUGUCUGGCUCACGUGCGCCUUACAAACCACCCUAUUUGUCACGGAAAAGGAUUUGCUAGCUCGUUCCGCGUGGACGUACCGGAAACGGCGUGACUUUGCACAAAACCUGACUGACAAAAAGCAUCAACACAACCCCCUCCCCCCCAACAACACGGCCCCACCCCUCAACCAACCCCCCGCCCCGUCCCCUUCGCCCCCCCCCCUGCCCCACCCCCCCCAGCGGUAUUAUCUUAGUGAUCCCUCCGUACAGUCCCAUGCUACCACAGGCGCUCCACCUGGGGGGGGGGGGGGGGCAGGGUGGGGGGCAGGAGGAAGAAAAGGCUGACUUUGAGGACCUUACUGCUCUCAGCGGGACUGAGAAUGAGCCGAAACCUAAAAAUGAAGGGGGGGGGGGGGGAUACAACAACAAAAAAGGAAAAGAACUUUGGGGGGACAAAAUCACGCCUCUCUGAUUUUUUUGUGUGCCUGUUUACAGCACUCUGUAUAUCUCCAAACAAUGUCACUGAGCCCUUUAUCUGUUUAUACUCACACCAAGAAGCCAAUUGUACAGGAAAAGUAAAAAAAAAAAAAAAAAAAAGAAAUUGUGCAUUAUUAAUGCAAUAUCUCGGUUUUAGCCUUGACUGUUUUCUAUUAUUUUAUUUUUGUGUGGUCAGGUGUUCCCCGAAUCUAUUCUGACUUUAUAACUAAAAGUGUGAUCAUGCUUUUUUUCACAGCAUUGGCCUAAUCAGAGACAUUCUGUGGUUUUUAUCAUGUGUGCGAAGUGUUUACUGUACUAUUUUAAAGCUUCUAACUGAAUAUAAAUCUAUAUAUAAAUAUAAACAUAUAAAUAUACUUUUCUGAAAGUGUGGUAUCCAUUGGUUAGUUUCUUAUCUACAGUCUAAGUUCAUAAACUGACAUUCAGUCCUUCGAAUGGCUUGUAACAUUACUGGAGGUGUCAAAUGAAAGGCCUUGUUUCCUCUCUGAACGGGGUGUUUUGUUUUGUUUUAUUCCGUUUUUUUCCUUCUUUUUUUACUUUUUUCUUUUUCACUUUUGGAUAUUGAAAUUUAUGUCUAUAAAUGAAAGGAAGUAAUACUUUAGAUUUGAAAUAAUGGUAAUAUUGUGUUAUUGUAAAAAGAAAAAAAAAAUUGGCAACAAAAACAUACGCUAAAUAUCAAAGGUAUCCAUACACUUCAGCAAACACACACACUCAGACACACACAUGCACAAAUGUGAAGAGGUAAUUAAUAAACUGUUACAUGCAUAGAA